AUGCUCUACACAGGCCUCACACUACAGCUGAUGUGGAUUAUCUCAAUGCGUUUUAAUAAAUUUGCAAGUUGUGCAGAGACAAACAUCACCAAUCAGCCGAACCCUGUGAUCACUGCUGGUGUUGGUGAUAACGUGACUCUGCACUGCUUUCAACUAAAAGAGGACAACACUGAUUCUAUCAUUUGGUACAAACAAAUAUUAGGACACAAUCCUCAAGUAAUAGUUCAAUUUCGAAGUGAACCCAUUUACGAAGAUGGUUUCAAGCCAUCAAAAUUCAGCAUCGAGAAAGAAAACAAAGGCUGUCAUUUGAAAAUAGCUAAGGUGGAACCAUCAGAUGAAGCCAUGUAUUACUGUGGAUACAUAUACUUUUUUACAAGGUUUACUAAUGGAACAUUUUUAUCAGUAAAAGGUAAACCAGAUGUAAAAGUCUCCGUGUUCCAGAGCAGUGUGUUGGACUCGGUUCCUGCAGGAGCGUCAGUGACUCUGCAGUGCUCGGUUCUCUCUGAGAGCAGAGCAGCAGAACUCCAAGUGCUCUGGUUCAGAGCUGCUCCACCACAAUCCCAUCCUCAAAUCAUUUACACUCAUCACAACAGCAGCAAUCAGUGUGAGAGCGGCUCUUCUACACACACCUGUGUGUACAACUUCUCCAAGAACAUCCUCAGCCUCAAUGAUACUGGGACUUACUACUGCGCUGUGGUACUGUGUGGGAAGAUUAUUUUUGGAAACGGGACACGAGUACAACUGGAAAGAUCUGUGAAUACAGCAGUGAUCUACCUCGCUGUAGCUUUGGGAGUGUGUGUUUUUGUGAUAUUUGCUCAAGCCAUAAUCUUUAAAAGCAGAAACUGUGGACAACCCAAUGUGAGGCUCAAACAAGGUUCUGUGACAAACAAGACCCAAAAUAGGAAUUGUGACACUGUGGAGCUGAAUUACGCUGCCUUACAUUUUACUGAGAGAAGUGCCAAAAGAGGAAGAGUAAAGAAACCACAACCAGAAGAUAUUGUAUAUUCUGAUGUCCGAUGUUCUUCUAAAACUUAA